UCAACCAUUGUAAUUGUUUGGAAUUCAAAAACCGGAGAAAAUAAGGUCGAUUGUGAUCGACUGUUAAAUCGCUGGUUCAUCGAUAGGUAGGUGAAACAGCCCUAUGAUAUUAUUAUUCAAUUGUUUAGCAGGAAACUAAUUAAGUAUGACCACGUGUGAAGUAUGUAUUCAAUAAUGGGUUGUUGCCAGUUAAAUCCCAAAGCAAUAAUAGCUGUUGUCUGUUGUUUAAUAUUGUUUAGUAGUUCUUGAUUAGUGCUGAAAUCUACCCCCUGAGAUUUUCUUUAACAGAUCAAAUUAUAUUCUGUGUUCAUUACUCUGUGUGUGUGUGAGAGAGAGAGAGGAUGUUUACAUAGUUUGACGCGGGCUUCUUAUCACAAAACGGGACAUCUCAUGGAGAUUUCAAGCUUAGCGGAAUCAUCAUCGUCAUCAUCGGGAAUAUUGGACGAUUCUCUUUUCCAACAAUGGCCCGUAAACCCCAAGAGAAUCACCACAAGCAAUUCUCAAGCACAAGAACAUGUUUUAGCUGAGAGAAAGAGGAGAGAGAAACUCAGCCAAAGAUUCAUAGCUCUCUCUGCUUUAGUACCUGCUCUCAAAAAGAUGGACAAGGCGACCGUUCUUGGAGAUGCAGCAAAGUACAUGAAACAGCUACAAGACAAAGUCAAGAUUCUCGAGGAGCAAUCCAAGAAAACAUCAAUACCAUCCGUAAAUGAAUCUUUGGUUUUCGUCAAGAAACACGAACAAAAUUCUUCUUCGUCCUCGUCGGACGAGAGUUUCCCAGAAAUUAAGGCAAGAUUGUGUAACAAGGAAGUGCUUAUCACAAUCCACUGUGUGAAAAGAAAAGGGGUCGUCGAAAAAGCAGUUUCCAUGAUUGAGAAACUUCAUUUGUCGGCUAUUAAUACUUCGGUGAUGAGUUUCGGAGAUUCUGCUCUCAGCAUAACCGUUCAUGCACAGAGGGAUGAGGAAUUCGACACGAACAUGAAGGAGUUGGUUGAUGAUCUGUACGCGGUGGUUUCGUAGUAUUCGGUGUGAUGAUAAGUUGUUCCGCAAAUUUAAAUUUAGGCUAAUAAUUCAGGAUGUACUGUGUUUCGCGAUAAUCUUGUUUUUUUUUUGUGGAUUUUUUUUCGGGUGUAAGGCCUGUUUGGCUCUCUCCACCAUUGAAGGUAUCACUAAUGAAAAGCUUGUUUGGCUAUAAUGUUCAUAUUGAAGAAGGGUUGUCUUA